UGUGUGUGUUUUGAGCCCCUGCGGAUGGCUUGUGCCGAGUGUGGCCGUCUCUUCUCCAGGAGUGGUUUUCCUCGUCAUAAAUGCCUCGAUGAGCGUCGCAAAUCUGUAUCGGUACAGAGAGGUAGCCGACAAUGUUCUACCUGCGAGCGCUGGUUCCGCAGUGCCGGAGGUUUGGCGGUCAACAAGUGCCCCAACUCCCGGAUACUCCCCGCGACAUCAUCUCUGGCUCCGUGCCGGGCGGCGGUGCCUAUCAUUGCUGCUCAGGCGACUCCUCCGCCGCCGCGUGUGCGGCUCACCCUCUCAUGCUGCAAGGCCCACUGUGGGGCCUGUGGUCGGUGCUGCAGCUCUACUCGUUGAUUCCAAAUCCAUAGCUGCCAAAGAUGGCUCUCUCGUCGUGCUGAUUGAACAUGGUUCCUGAUCUCUUGGCAGACUGCCGACUUUCUGGCGUCGCUCGUCAUUUCCAUGUUGUUGGCCCCGCAAGGGGACACGUGACCGUAAUGGCAGUGUUUACCAGGACCAGGUCACGAUGAUAGUUGUUCUCUGCGAUUGUGGGGAACAUCUUAGUGAUGAAAUGAUGCAAGGUCUUGUUGACUAUAUUCUGCACUUCAAGUCAGUUGACGUCAAUGAAGAAGAUGACACCUCCAACAACUGGACACUCUUACACCAAUGUGUGUGGACAGGCAAUGCACGUUUAGCAAAACUGCUAAUGGAACGCGGCGCUUGCCUCAACGCACAGGACAGCUCGACAGGAUGGACUCCACUGCACUGUGCAGUCAUCCUGAACAAGAUGAAUGUUGUCAAGGUGAUACUGUCACAUGACAUGGACGGUGUCACCUUGGAUACUGCACGGCUUGACAUUCAUGGUGACACAGCAUUGGACAUAGCAAAGCAAAGUGGUCAUGAUGAAUGUGUGCAGCUUCUCACACAGCAUGAAGCUGACAAGGAAAAGAAGAAGAAAUAUUUGAAGCACUCCGGAACUCCAACUGUUGCCGUGGUAACUCAAGAAGUGGAAGCGGAGAAAGACGAGCAGCGCUAAUUUCCACUGCCACAUCACCUGAUCCUUUCAACGCGUCACCUGUCCAUAUUUCCUGUGUGUGCGUGUGUGUGUGAGCGUGCGCAUGUGUGUGUGUGUGUGUGUGUGUGUAUGUUGUUGGUAUAUUGCUACACGAUGUCUGCUGAAUGGGUUGCAUAAUGUUCUAUUCACCAUACUAAUACUUGAAACUAAAUUUCAUGAAUUAUUUACAUUGCUAUUCUCGUCUGUUGUAAAAACUGAAAUCAAGUGGCUGCUUGGUAUUCUAUGCCUGUCUUCAAUGUGACAUAAGCCAACCCAACAUUUUCUUCUGCAAGACAGUUUCCGCUUGCACUGAAAUCCUUUAUGUACGGCACCGGUAUCUAUAACCAAAUUUGGAAUGGUCUGAUUUGCCUGAACAUGCGUACCGUUUUCUACUUCUAAUUUCUUCUUCCAAUUUCUACCUGUAACAUUAUUCUCCCUGGUUCUGCUUUCCUUCUAUUUUGUUUGUA